GUCGACGUUUGUCCCUGAAGCAGUAAAAGUAAAAGCAACCAAACCCUCUGCUUCCAAUUCCAAAAUCGAUUCCUCAAUUUUUCCAAAGCUUGCCCGCUUUCCCCAACUAAAAUUACCCAUGUCCUCCGAUGAAAUCUCUCUGCACAACGGCCUCAAUGUCUUCCAAGAUGACCCGUUUAAUUGCGCCACCGCCAGGCCCGUCCCCGGCCCCGCCCCAGGCCCCAAGACACGGGACCUUACCGCCUUCAUCGAUGACAAAUUGUUCUCCUUUCCUGCUUCCCAACCCACCCAAUUUCGACCUGGAAACAUCUACGCUGCACCACCUGACCGCCAGCCCCGGCGCACUUGGGGAAACGGAGCCCCCCACCAUAGCGGCGACGAAUCCGACGACGACGAUGACGAAGAAGAAGAUGAUGAUGACGACGACGGUGAUGAUGACGAUGGUGAUGGUGAUGGGGAAGAAAACAAUCAUAACAUAAGUGUCAAUAGUAGCAGCAAUAACAACAACAGCGCCGGUGAGAGUGUACAUGGGGUUGUCCCUGUAAAUCCCGAUAAAAUUGGAAAUGGCAAACCAAAGCUCCAUUCUUCCUUCGUGGGAGGGAGCAGAGAGGUGGCUGUGAAGGAUGGUUGUAAUGUUGGACAAGUGGGGAGAGAGAGUAAUUAUCAGGAUACCGUGACAAUUGCAGAGCCAGAUGGGGAUAUUUAUUACUCGCAUUAUUUGCAUGCUGUGGAUGGCUCUGCUGCUGCUGCUGCUGGUGGCGGUGGUGGAGGAGGAGGAGGAGCAGGGGGAGGAGGAGGAGGAGGGGAGCAGAAGGAUGCUGUUGUAGACAAUGGUGGUGGCUGUGGGUUUAGUGGGAGGAAAGAAGUGUCAUUUUCAUGUGAGUCUGGGGAGUCCCUGCGGGCCAUUUUAUCAGACCCUGUCUCGGGAACUCUCAUGGAUGAUGCGAUGAUAUUACCUUGUGGACAUUCCUUUGGAGCUGGUGGAAUACAGCAUGUGCUGAGACUGAAAGCCUGCUUCACCUGUUCACAGUCAGUCUCAGAAGACCAAGUAGCUGCAAAUCUCUCUCUCCGAGCUGCAAUUCAGGCAUUUCGCAGGGAAGAGGAGUUACAGUCAUACCGCUCAUCUAAAAGGAGAAAAGAAAGAGCUGACCAGGACAAGAGUAGCUAUGGUGAUUCAAAUCUUAUGGAUAAUCCAAGAGGUAGAGGCGUACAAUUUCCAUUUGCUGUGAUGGACAGGGUCAUCAUAAAGGGAAAUAAAAGGACACCACAGCGGUUUGUUGGACGCGAGGCUGUUGUAACAACACAAUGCUUGAACGGAUGGUAUGUGGUAAAGACACUGGACAACGCUGAGAGUGUUAAGUUGCAGUAUAGAUCACUGGCCAAAGUAGUAGAUGAUCCAUCCUCAAAGCCAAUGUCAAGUAAGAUGGCACCAAGCUGGCUGUAGAGCUGUAGAACGUUGUUUUUGAUAUGUGCCACGUUUUACUACCUAAAUCUAACUCCCUUACAGUAUAUUGUUGUGCUUGUGCGGACCUUGUAAAUAAAUAGGGAAGAUGUUUGAGGAAGCUUAGAAAGAAAGACACGAGGAGAGAUUUUUGUUCCUUGUACCUGUCUUUGUAUUAUUAGACAUGAAGCUCUGUUUAAAAAAUGCAAUCCAAACUG